AUGAAUAUCUGGUCGGGAUCGAUUUCCCUCGAUUCCAACCGCAAGUUAGAAGGGAUCCGCCUAGUUGAUCCGACCUCUCACUGGCAAUGCGACAUAUCCAAAGAUGCCAAAUUUGGUCUUCGUAGCUUCGUCAAUCCCGCAUUAAUCCCCCUCCACGCGCGAGUGGGCCCCAAUCUCGAGUUACACACAACCAACCCUACGACAUCGCAAUGGCUUCAGGCCAAAUUGACUGGGGCGUUAUGGCUGAAUGAUCAGGAAUCAGAACUCCACCAAUCACUUCAGUCUCCGACUGGUCUGCUGAUCAGCAUCGAUGGGACUUCAUCUAAAAGGACUGGUCCAGGCACAUCCGACCUUUUAGUCUAUGGCGUGUUAUCCUCGUGUACUCGUCCACCCACUCCACCACACUCGUCGCCAGAGGCUCACGACAAUGCGAAUACCUCAACAGCAAGACCAUAUGAACUGCGGAUAUACGCAGCGCCUCUUUCAGCGGGGCUUCUCACACAAGCACAAGCUUUCCCGUCUCCUCAAUCAAGCUCUGACGGAGAGCGCUUGUCCACACCCGCCGAGUUCCUCCCAGAUAUCAGCUCCCCAAGCCCUAAACGGAAGCGAGUCGCGACACUAUUUGAAGUUGCUGCACAGCAUCAUCGCCGUGUAAGGCAACGAGGUGGCGAGGCUGUAUCACAAUUAAUGGCCCCUGCCCGACCUCUAUCUUCGUCACAGAAUCUCCAAACACUCAGAGUGAAACGCGAACCAGAAGACGAUAGUCCACUUCUCCCAACCCUUGAUCGACUGGUUUCCCAUAGGGCUCGCUCUGCAUCCAUUGGAACAAGCCUACACCGUCCUGGCAGUACACGCAGUGCACGCGCAACCCCGGCUUUAAACGCAGAUCCUCAAAAGCGCGCUACAACACCAAACCUAUUCUUGAGUUCUACUUCCCGGCGCAGCUCGCAGGUACUACCACAAUCCCUAGCCCCGACAACAAGUGAAGAAAAGACGUCUACCCCUGCAUGUCCACCUAAGAGCUCCGAAUCCAUCAUCGCGGAGAAUAAAAACCUAAUCACACGCACUAUUCUCACAUGUAUGCGUCUUUAUGGAUUCCAUCGCUCGAAUGCACGAUCGUCAUCAGGGAAAUUUGCAUCUGGGGCAGCGGGCCCAGAACCUGAAUCGGUAUCAACUGAAGGGCUACGCGCAGAGACUCCCGCUCCAGGUGCGCAGGCUGAUGAUGAUGAGUUUAAGGCAAUGUACCAUGCCACAUACAAAGCCGCAGCUUUUGCGCUGCGCAAGUACUUGAAGGAGUCCAUGGCGGGUGCUGGCACCACGCCCAUUCUAUUGGAGAAAGAGAAGGCCAUGACUUGUAUUGAUGAAUUACUUCGACUUUUUUGCGAGGAUCAUUGA